AUGGCUGCUGCAUCAUCGACGCCUGCGCCGCUGAUGACGCUCGACGCGGCGUGUGAGCUGGCGCAGAAGAUCCUAGACAUGCUACGAGAUCAGAAUAAGACGUGGGAUGCCAAUCUCUUUCGCGGCGCAGAGUGCUUCGUGUCGUACGCCGAGCGUGACGGCGUGGUGUACAGGCAGGACCAGCGCUCCAGCACCGAGCGGCCGAUGCGAGCUGAGGCAUCGAAGAUCUGCUUGCGCAUGAAGGUGAACGGCCAGCUAGGUAACCAGUUCGGAACAAUGCAUGGUGGCUGCCUGGCCACCAUAGUCGACACGUGCUCGUCGUUCUUGACGCUACUGCACUCGAGUGGCGUCGCUGGCGAGCCAUGGUCGAUGAUGGGUGUCACGCAGGCACUCAUCGUGCAGUACCUGAAGCCGACACGUGUUGGUAAGUGGAUCGAAGUGGAAACGACGAUGAGGUCGAUCAGCAAGACACUGUGUCUGCUGCAUGUGAAUAUAUAUGAGCUGGACGGCCGCGAUGGACAGCGGACCGCCCAUACGGUGACUGGCUCGCACAACAAGAUGGACAUUCGCCCCAAACUGUAA